CAGUCGCGCUUCGGUGGACUCAGGUGACGGAAAGGGAAAGAGAUAUCGGGAAACGCGACGAUAAUGAGAAAAAAAAGGAUAAAAAUGCCGAGAACGGAAAUUCACUAUCCGAAGAACGGAAUCGGGGGCGUUUAGCGCCGGUCCUGCGGAGGAAGACGUCUGCGCCUGCCUGGCGAACCAUCUCCGGCGAACGAUCGGCGACGGCGCCGACGUCGACGCGGCUGCGGGAUCUCCGGGGCGCGCCAGUGCGAUAUCGCCAUUCGACUGAUACGGGCGGAAUAUCGUCGGCGUGCGGACAUGCUGGUCGGACGAGGACGUUGUGCGGUCGUUCUCCACGUUAACGUGCGCUGCAAAAUGUGGAAUAAAUAAGCGAGAGAAUGGUGCAAUCAUGAUUCAAGUUGAAAACGAUCCUGAAGAGAGUUUAGAGGCUCGGCUGUCCUAUAUACACUGUGUAGAGCGGUGACACAGCCGUACAGAUCACAAUCAUGGAUAUACAGAAGAAGUUCCUGUGCCCCCGUUUGGUGGAUUAUCUCGCCAUUGUGGGGGCCAGGACGCCCGCUGCCUCUCGUCAGCCCGUACAGGUCCCGGAAUUGCUGCGCAGAUAUCCGGUGGAGGAUCACAAGGAUUUUCCUCUGCCUCUGGAUAUGGUGUAUUUCUGCCAACCGGAAGGUUGCAGUAACAUGGGACCAAAACGCACGGCCUUACGAGAGGCGACAUCAUUCACCUUCACCCUCACUGAUAAAGAUUCAGGAAAAACGCGUUACGGGAUCUGUGUGAAUUUUUAUCGACCUAUCGAAAAAGCGGGGAUGAUGGCUGGCGGAGGAAUUCCGCUCAAAAGGGAAAAAUACAACACCACGUUUCGAAGGGAGAGUUGGAGGAAGAGUAUGGAGAGAAGCACGGAUUCCGCUUUUUCUAGCGACUAUAGGAGCAGUGCAGUAGGUCCUAGUGAUUCUGAGAGAGAUUGCUCCAGCAGCAGAAGGGAUUCGGACACCCCACAAGUCCCCCACGCUCCGAGAUUGGAAUUCAUCGCACCGAGCGGAGACAGCGAAAGCGGAGGCAGUCAUUCCCCAUCGCCACGCGCUUCUCGAAGACGUCAGAGGGUUCGCAAUCAUUCCUUGACUUCGCUCUGCAUCAUCUCGCAUCAUCCGUUCUUCACGAUGUUCCGGGAAUGUCUUUUCGUUCUGAAGAAGAUCAUCGACGCGUGCAACGAGAGUUUCUCACCGCAAAAAGUGGGAGCCUCUCGACAAACCAACAGAGACACGGUGUGGAGCGUUCUUACGGGUCAGGCUCUGGGAGACACGCCGUCCAUCGUGCUUCACGACGUUCGCGAGAUCGAGACGUGGAUAUUGCGCUUGCUCAGCAGUCCCGUUCCUGUUCCGGCGAAGACGCGCGUCGAGGUCGAGAUAAUAUCGCCCAAUUUGCAGCCCCCACUCUGCUUCGCCUUGCCGGAUCAUACCAGGUUCACCCUGGUCGACUUUCCUCUGCAUCUACCCUUAGAGUUACUCGGCGUCGAUAUAUGUCUGAAGGUCCUCACGCUGAUCCUCCUGGAGAACAAGAUCGUACUUCAAUCUCGAGAUUACAACGCUCUGUCCAUGUCAGUGAUGGCGUUUGUCACGAUGAUCUAUCCCUUAGAAUAUAUGUUUCCCGCGAUACCCUUGUUACCCACAUGCAUGAGUUGCGCGGAACAAUUAUUGCUCGCGCCAACGCCCUUCGUGAUCGGGAUACCCGCGUCCUUCUUGCUGUACAAGAAGAACUUCAAGAUGCCCGACGAUAUCUGGCUGGUGGAUUUGGAUAGCAAUAAAAUAACGGCACCGAGCUCUUUGAACGAGGACUGUCUGCCGCCGUUGCCGGAACCGGAGGGUACCAUAUUGAAGAAUCAUCUGAAACAGGCAAUGCAACUGAUGGAUCAAGUUGGCUCUAGUGCAAUGGCCAGUAUGGCAGGCCCACCAUUGCUCCCGCAGGACAUCUCGCCACGUCUCUCUUUUCAAGCACCAAGUAGAAGAGAAAGCGUGGCAUCGCAUCACUCUACCUUAAGCGUAGCUUCGACGAAACACAGACCCAGCAUCGAUCAGUGCGCGCAUGUUCAGCAUAGUCCGCUGAAUUCGCCGAGCGUGAGCUCGUCGUCGAGUCCUCCUCGUAGGCCGUCGAUGUCACCAACGGUCGGAGGAUCCGGGCCGGCAUCCGGCCCGCAUCCGUUGAAGGCAGUCGGACAAAGUCCGGCACCCUUCAAUCCGUUCAUCUACGGAAAUGACGUGGACUCGGUCGACAUUGCCACGCGAGUCGCCAUAGUGCGAUUCUUUAAUUCGCAAAAUUUAUUGGCCAACUUUACCGAGCACACGCGCACCUUGAGGCUGUAUCCCCGGCCGGUGGUCGCCUUCCAGAUCAACUCGUUCCUCCGCUCGCGACCCAGGAAGAGCAGUUUCCUCAACAAGUUCGCGCGCACGCAGGCGGUCGAGUUCCUGGCCGAGUGGUCCCUCACGCCGAGCAAUGUGGCCUUUCUCCGGGUGCAAACGGGGGUGUUUGAUCCCGCGCAGAUCGGCGAUAAGCCGCGCUGGUACGCGACGAACCUCGAACCGAUCUACUUUCCCGUUUGGGACUCCGGUAGCUCCCUGGCGAACGCCUUGAAGGCGAUGAGGGAGCACGAGAGUCAACCUACGGAUGAAAGUGGCUCCGAUUCGGAGGGUGCUGAGAGCACGAGUUCCUCAUAUUCCUCCUUGAGCGACUUCGUCUCUGAGAUGGCCUCUUCCGAUCUAUCGCCAGGUUACAAUUGUCCGCAAGCGACCCAGCCUCAACAAAUGUCGCUUUCGGUAGAUCCGAAGAAUGUCUACAACCCUCCGAGUUCCCUCCAAUAUCCGGGAGUGGAAGAAGAUUCACCGGCACGACCCGAGAGUCCACCGAGCACUUCUUCUAGUCACAGCGAUCUGAGCAGUCCGAGCUUUAACAGGGAUUCCGAACUUGAAUUAAAUCCGAAAGUUCACGAAGGCUCGCAGUCUACUAAUGAUAAAGAGGAGGGUGGUAGCUUUGAGUCAGACUCCGCGUCGACAAUAACACCGCGCACAAUCCUGAGCGCACAAAGUUCGGUAGGACAGUUCACAGGGAUGGGAUCUUUAAGCACUCAAUCUUCGCUCAACGACACUGAACGUCCUGCCGCUCCUCACAGGACCUCACGUGUCAGUAGAUAUGUCACUCCUGUACCACCCACCGGACCAGGUCUACAACGUCAGCCGAGCGUUGGCAAUGUCCUGGCGAGAGCCUCUAGUUUCAGCACCACGAGCGGGCCUCUUCUGCCGCGGCAGAUAAGCGCCGUCACCGAUCAUCAUCAUGAAUCGCUUCAGCUUCAACGUCAGACGUCGGCGGGAUCGCCAGUUGCGCAGAAACAGAACGACGGUAGCAUGGUGCAACGGCAGAACAGCGGCGGCAGCAGCACCAGCACCAGCACCACUACCGGAAACGGUGUUCUUCGACAGGGCUCGCAAGGUUCCCUGUUCGAGCAGAUUGCCAGCCAAGCCAAGGACUUGGUACGCGAGACCACCAGGCAGAGCAGUCAGGAUGGGCUACUCGCGCACAUGGACAAGCUCAAGCAUCAGGCAAAAGAAAAAAUUACGGAGGCAGGCGAAGAUAGUCUGUUUGCGCCGCUGGAGCAAUUAACGCAACAAACUAAGAAAGCAAUGGGCGAGGCCACCAAGUCGGUGCAAGAAGCGUCUAAGACCGCGCUAGAGGCGAGCAAAACUGCUGCGGGUGUCAGUAAAAAUACUUUGGACGAUUUGACGUAUGUCGGCAAGAGUACGUUCGGAGAUUUGACGAAAAGUGCCAAAGAAGUCGCCGCGAAGAAGGGUUUGCUCAAGGGCCUCGGAGAAACGCAACAAGCGCCAAUACAUACACCACAGUCUCCCAAUAUGACGCAGCAGCGAAAAGAUUCGGUCAGCAAUCAGCUGGUCGCAUCAGAUACGCGAAGCGGCGUCGGACGGGAUUUCUUCAGCAAUAUUAGUAGCGAUCUGAAUGGCUUUGCCGCACAGACUAGUAGCAUGUUCAGCGAUUUGUUCGGUAGCAAAAAUAAUUCUAAUCGAGGCAGUAGCUUCUUCCCGCAGAAUCAGAAGUCAAAAGAGAAGAUAAAUCCGAUUCUUGCACCAUUUCCUAAAGUUGCAGGAAAGACGGGAUUGGUAGAACGUUCCUCGUUAAUAAAGCAUUCUUCGCACAAAGUUAAUCAGGAAGACGCGCAGAGAAUGCAAAACGCGGAACGUUCUAGCACAAAUAGUGACAAUCAAGCCUUCUUAAACGAUGUGGUAACCCAAGUGUUGGCCGGCGAAGGCGUUGGUUGGUUAAAAUUGAACAGAUUAAAGAAGCUAAUGGAGGAUGAAAAUUAUAGGGAUUUGGUCGUGACAAAGCUGAAUAAGGGUCUAAAUAGAAAGAUUAGCCCAGAUGAUCAUAUUGAUGAUGUGCCCAUAUCGAAACCCGUGUAUAAGGGAAUGUUAAAGUGCCUUCAAGCAGUAACGCAUGGUCUUGCGCAUACGUAUAAUAAUUUCGGAUUAGGCGGGAUGGCCUCUGUCUUCCAACUGAUGGAAAUCGCUCACACUCACUACUGGAGCAAAGAUCUGUCCGAAGGUGGUUUCGACGGUUCUUUGAUGUCGCAGGCAUCUAGCCCAUUCGGCAGUAGAGAAAACUUGAAGUCACCGCAAUCUCCAAAUCAGCCAGAUUUUACGGAUACUUCGCAAAAAUCGGAACCGCCGCAAGUGCAUCUGGACAUGCCGCAAGCACCGUCGACAGGGGAUACGGGCCAAUCGACUACGGACAUAUUUCUGGACAUGUUUACGAAGAAGGGAAAAUUUCUAAGCAAACUCACCUCGUUCGAUUCGGAGAGUGGGCGGGGUGGUGGAACGGGAAGCAGCGAAGCUUUAUCCACAGAUGGAGGUAGCAUUAUCACUAAUCCUGCUUUUCGGCAAGCACACCAAGCUUCCUUUCGAAGCACCGUGUCUGAUAGCGAGGUCGAGCAAGGCAAUUUUCCUCGGCAAGGUAAGCAGCGUUCCGGCAGCGUAUGGUCUAGCAAAUCAUCUCUGAGUACGGGAUUCCGUUAUCAUGGCGGAAGUUUGAUACCUACUACAAACUUACCAAGCCCAGAAGCUGCGAGAACGUAUCUCUUCGAAGGUCUGCUUGGAAAGGAGAGAUCGUCUUUAUGGGACGAAAUGCAAUUCUGGGAGGACGCCUUUUUAGAUGCGGUGUCGCAGGAACGCGAUAUGAUGGGCAUGGAUCAAGGACCCGGAGAGAUGGUGGAGAGAUACAAGACUUUAAGCGAAAGCGAAAGACGACGAUUGGAGCACGAGGAAGAUAGACUAUUAUGCACUCUGCUGCACAAUCUCACCGCCGUUCUGGUAAUGCUGAACGUUGAAAAGAACGAAUUGAAACGGAAAGUACGCAGAUUGUUGGGCAAGAGUCACAUCGGCCUCAUCUACAGCCAGGAAUUGAAUCUACUUCUCGAUCAAAUAAAUAAUCUCCACGGAAAUGACAUCGAUCUGAAGCCUCUGACGUCACGACAAAUGCAUCGGCAGUCGUUUACCGUACAUUCGGGUGUCGACGCUGAGGGUGAACUGCGAUUUCUCGAGGUCCGCCACGAUGGUCUCGUCCUGAGAUCGGUGAACGGUGUGAUAGUUGAACGCUGGUGGUACGAACGCGUUGUCAAUAUGACAUAUAGCCCAAAGAAUAAGGUUUUGUGCUUGUGGAGGAGAAGCGGAGGCGAUACGGAAUUACACAAAUAUUACACCAAGAAGUGUAAGGAUGUGUACUAUUGCAUAAAGGAUGCUAUGGAAAAGGCGGCGGCUCGCGGACGAGGCCCGAAUGUAGGCUACGAACUCGGGGGCGAAUUUCCGGUGCAGGACAUGCGAACGGGCGAGGGUGGACUCCUGCAGGUUUGCAUGGAAGGCGUUGGUCUCCUCUUCGCGAACAGCAAGGAUUUCGAGUUUUUUGUAAGACUCGAUCAUAUCCGCAAGUGCUUUACUCAAAAGGAUGGAAUCUUUGUUUUGGAAGAAUUCAAUCCUAAAACUAGACAAGUAAUUCAACGUAAAUAUAAGUCACAAAUGGCAUCUGAUAUCUGCUACGCUGUUCUGUGCGUAUUUUCUUACGUGGCGGCAGGUUCGGAGCAACGAAAGCAACAAGGCCAACAGCAGCAAUCGCAACAGCAACAACACAUACAACGCCAACAGCAACAGCAGCAGCACACCUUGCAACCGAAUGAACAACAGCGUCAGCAGCAACAGCAACACUAUCAAGGCCGGCAUCCCCAUCAGCAACACAGACAAGAGCAACCCCAAUCGAGCAAUGUAACAACCCAAAUGCACAAAAAUACACAGCUGGAUCCUUAUCCCCGUCAACACUGACACAGGCAAAGACACUCGCUUCCCUUCGUUAGCAUCCACAACAAGAAUAGUUGCGCCCCUUACGCCUGUCUACCCUGGGUAUAAGUGCGCUAUACUUUCUGAGAGAUUUAGUUUGGAGACGCGAUCGGAUGUGGGUAAAAAAAAUAGUAACGUUCUAUUCCUUUCGAAGAAAUAAUUUGAUCUCUUUUUCUUGUUCAAACGCGCCGUAUUAACGCUCUUCCUUUACGGAAGUGAAAUCGCUUUGCAAAAAAAUGGUAACUACUUAGAAUAUACGAAAAGAAUCAUAUCUAUUCUGAAUUUAAUUCGUUAAUAUAGACUUACGGCGCAAAUUUUUAUUCGGUGGUUAUAGUCUUGUGUAGUCAAUGUGAUAGUGAUAUUUUGUGCGGUAUUCUUGUAUUCAUUCGAGUACACGUGGACACACACGUGUACACGUCACACCUAAAGCAAUUAAAUACAAUAACUAUUCGUAAUUGGCGGUACAAUUUUAUAUAAAACACCGCGUACAGAGAUUAUAAUUAUGAUUGUUCACGAUGGUAAAUAAUUAUUUAUUUUAGCUCGUGUCAAAGUAAGAGUGCGAUUCAUGUCGAUUGACAAAUUAAUGCACGAUUAAUUUGCAAACUUUUUCAUUACUGCGCAUACGAAAUAUUCCUGUCGUUUUUAGGUACUUGAACAUCGUGACUGAAACAUAGAUAACAGAAAGUGGCUUUAUCUGUUCGCUAUCUCUCUUUCUUUUAUGUCUGUAAUCGAAUUUAGCCGGUAAUUUAUACUUUCUUUCGUUUAAAUCGAAUGUACUGAAUGAAAUGUCGCAAUGUUAGGGAAAAACUGUCGUGUGUGUAGGAUGUGUAGAAAAACGUACUGUCGUUCUGUCUUCUCGCAUAACUUGCACGGGUGGUCAUGUACGGUUGUUUUGUACGGUUUCGAAUACAGAAGAAAAAGCGAAUUUCUCUCGGUAGCUCGUAGAGCUCGUUUUAGGGUACAUGUAAUGUUCCCAAAGUAGGCAUUAUAUGUAAUAUAAUGUAAUUCUAUGAAAGAAAGCUCUCGAAACGUAAGCUGACACAUCUCUGAUACCGUGAAGAUUUACAUCCUGCGUUUUUCCUACGACUCGAAACGUUAGUUAGGUAUAUCGAAACUGUGGAUCUGCAACGAAAUCGCGAUUGCGAUAUUUGGAAUCGGCACUAAGAGUGCGAAGAUAUGUCUCGCGAAAAUUAUUACUGCAUUUUUUCUCUGCCGCAUUUUUCUAUAUUCGUUACAUUAGGUAUACGCGUAAAAAAAGACAAAUAUAAGAAGAAACGAAAGACCAGUCUAGGAAAGAAGAUAGAUACACUAGUCGCAAACUCAGCGUGAAAUAGACCGUGUAGUGUACGUUACACACAGAUAUCAGAAGAAAUGAUAUAUUUUCUUGUAACGUAAGAAGCGUAUAGAUAUUUGUAAAAAGGUAUAGGAUUUGUAAAUAAUAAUUGGCGAUAUAUAGUAAGCGGUACGACCAGCAUCUCUUUUGAUUUCUCGUCUUUUAAUACGAUUAUAUAUAUUAGAGCUCGUUCACCAGCUGAGUUGGAGAGAAGUGCAUUUUUAAGAAUAAGAGAGAGCGAAAGAAAGAGAGAAAGAGAGGAAGAGAGAGAGAGAGAGAGAGAGAGAGAGAGAAAGAGAGGAUAUGUUCUCUUCUAAACAUCUAAAAAACAUGUACACGAUCCUUGGUACCAAAUUUGUCUAAAUCCCGAUGUUUAGAAGUUCCGUCGUCGAUGACACGUUUAGACGAUACGUCGAUUGAUUGAUAGUCAUUCCGAGAUAUAUCAUGGUUAUAAAGGAACUUUAGACCUCUAGAAGAGAAAUUAUUACCUCGCAUUGUAUAGUACUCAUCCAUGUAGACGCCUUAUACCCAAAAUAUACUUGUAGCCAAAUCGAUA